UGAGGUUCACAUUAGCCCUUUUGGCCACAGCCUUGCGUGGGAAUUCAUGUCGAGCUGAUUGCGUCCUAGGACCCUCAGUCUCAUAUUCAGUCUCUGCUUCAGAGGACAGAGUCCUCUCUCUCCCUCUCAUCCUGAUUUUAGAUAAUGGGCUGUGUGCAAUGUAAGGAUAAAGAAGCAACAAAACUGACUGAUGAGAGGGAUGGCAGUUUAACUCAAAGCUCAGGCUACCGCUAUGGAACAGAUCCCACUCCGCAGCACUAUCCUAGCUUUGGUGUGACUUCAAUCCCAAACUACAACAACUUCCAUGCCACAGGAGGCCAAGGACUGACUGUAUUUGGUGGAGUCAAUUCCUCCUCUCAUACAGGGACGCUGCGUACAAGAGGAGGAACAGGUGUAACUCUCUUUGUGGCACUUUAUGACUAUGAAGCAAGAACAGAAGAUGACUUAAGUUUUCACAAAGGAGAAAAAUUUCAAAUACUUAACAGCUCGGAAGGAGACUGGUGGGAGGCCCGGUCCCUGACAACAGGCGAAACUGGUUACAUUCCCAGUAAUUAUGUGGCUCCAGUCGAUUCCAUCCAAGCAGAGGAGUGGUACUUUGGCAAACUUGGCCGAAAAGAUGCUGAGAGGCAGCUGUUGUCAUUUGGAAACCCCAGAGGUACCUUCCUGAUCCGGGAAAGUGAAACUACCAAAGGUGCCUAUUCCCUGUCUAUUCGUGACUGGGAUGAUAUGAAAGGAGAUCAUGUCAAACAUUAUAAGAUUCGUAAACUUGACAAUGGUGGAUAUUAUAUCACAACUCGGGCACAAUUUGAAACUCUUCAGCAGCUGGUUCAGCAUUAUUCAGAGAAAGCUGAUGGUUUGUGUUUUAACUUAACUGUGAUUGCUACGAAUAAUACCCCACAAACUGUUGGAUUGGCUAAAGAUGCAUGGGAAGUUGCACGUGAUUCAUUAUUUCUGGAGCAGAAGCUUGGUCAGGGGUGUUUCGCUGAAGUGUGGCGUGGUACGUGGAACGGAAAUACUAAAGUGGCUAUCAAGACCCUGAAGCCUGGCACUAUGUCUCCAGAAUCCUUCCUAGAGGAAGCCCAAAUCAUGAAGAAGCUAAAACAUGACAAACUGGUCCAACUUUAUGCUGUGGUGUCUGAAGAACCUAUCUACAUUGUCACGGAGUACAUGAGCAAAGGGAGUUUGCUAGAUUUCUUAAAAGAUGGAGAAGGAAGAGCUUUGAAGUUACCGAAUUUGGUGGACAUGGCAGCCCAGGUGGCUGCAGGAAUGGCAUACAUCGAACGAAUGAAUUAUAUACACAGAGAUCUGCGGUCUGCAAACAUUCUGGUGGGGAAUGGCCUAAUAUGCAAGAUUGCUGACUUCGGAUUGGCAAGACUGAUUGAAGACAAUGAAUAUACGGCCAGACAAGGUGCAAAGUUUCCCAUUAAAUGGACGGCGCCAGAAGCAGCAUUGUAUGGAAGGUUCACAAUAAAGUCAGAUGUGUGGUCUUUUGGCAUCCUACUGACAGAGCUGGUAACAAAAGGGAGAGUGCCAUAUCCAGGCAUGAAUAACCGUGAAGUCUUGGAGCAAGUAGAACGUGGUUAUCGGAUGCCAUGUCCUCAGGACUGUCCCAUCUCCUUGCACGAGCUUAUGAUCCACUGCUGGAAAAAAGACCCAGAGGAGCGUCCAACUUUUGAAUAUUUGCAGGGUUUCCUUGAAGACUACUUCACUGCAACAGAACCCCAGUACCAGCCCGGUGACAACCUGUAAAUCCCUGGUCUCCAGACACUGUCAUGACUUACCAGGUGUUUCUCAGCCCUGCCCCACCACCUGCCCUUAAGCUUCCAACUCCGUGAUCAGCUUCUCCAGAGUGCAGCAUCUUCCAGCACCGCCGUGCACAGGAGGGGCUGAAGUUGGGAACUUCCGCAGCCCUUGCCUACGACCACUUGUCCUAAUAAUCUGAAUGUCCUGGAUGAAAAGGAGAAAAACACUUGUUUUUUCUUAAUCAAAGACUCCAAAACUGCACUGUAUGGAUGUUAUGUAAACUGCAAAACCUCUGUUCAUUGUAAAUAGUAACUCAGUGCCAAUAACUGAUCCUAGUGCUUUCCUUUUUUUAAAACGCAAAACCUAUGUGAUUUUAACUAGUCUUCUCCUGAUUCAACUAAAAGUAUUAUUUUCCAGAAGUGGCCUCUUUGUCUAAAAC